AUGGAAAUGUGCACUACUAAUGCAAUAAAGGAAGAUGAAGAUGACAAAACAGUUUUGGAUCUUGCUGUGGUUUUGUUUGAAACAGCGACACUUCGGUCAGGGUACCUUUUACUGGACACUAAAGCAUAUGGAGAUAGGAUAGAAAGAAUGCUUCGCCUCAGCUUAAACAUUGACCCUGACGCAAAGGUGGAAGAAGAGCCCGAAGAAGAACCUGAAGAAACAACAGAAGACACAGAGCAAGACGAGGAAGAAGACAUGGACGCAGGGACCGAGGAAGAAGAACAAGAAACAGCAAAGGAAUCUACAGCUGAAAAAGAUGAGUUGUAA